AUUAGUAGUUCAGUUUUGGGGGCAUCACAUCGACUUUUGACUGUGUGAGGUGUCGGUUCCCCUAACCCCCACAUUAAGGGUCAACUGUAGUAGGAAUUAGGAGGUCCAGCUUUUGAUGUUCUGUAAAUGCCAGCCUUUGGAAUUUAAAUUACAUUCUGGAUGCAGUUAGUUUGAUCUGAGGGUGAGUGUAAGGCAUGAUGGUUUGUUUCUCCUAGCAGCGUAGAGGAACUGGGACUUGGCGUGUUUCCCUCACAGAAGACCUUACUGGGCAGCUGAGGCAGACUAUUGAAGGGGAGCUGGCUAGGAGGGUUUUAUUUGUUUUGAGAGAGAGACGGAGCAUGAGCGGGGUGAGAGGCAGAGGAGAAGCAGACUCCCUGCUGAGCAAGGAGCCCGCAUGCAGCACUGGCUGGAUGACAGAGUGCAGGACUCCUGCAUCAUGACCUGAGCUGAAGGCAGAUGCUUCCCCAGCUGAACCACCCAGGCACUCCCAUAGUCAUCUUGAUAGCACUCUUGCCUCCAGAAUAUGAUGACAAGUCACAUUUUAAAACCUGAUACUCGAAAUUGCAAGAGACCGAGAGAACUGGAGCCUCAAAUGCCAGAUAGUCCGCAACUGUCCUCUCUCGGAAAGUCAGAUUCCUCUCUCUUGGAAAGCUCUGGACUGUUUUAUAAAGAUGAAUCCCUGGAGAAGGAUUUGAAUGUUUUGAAAAGAUACAUGGAGGGUACCGAUCAGAAAAAGGCAGCGGUCGGUAAGCGAGAGGGGCUUCCGUGUAUUGCACCGCUGCUAACCACGGUGGAGGAGACACCACAGGUGGUCUCUGCUCAAGUCCGAGGACAUUUUCCCAAGUGGCUCAGUGGCAGUCUACUUCGAAUUGGGCCUGGGAAAUUCGAGUUUGGGAAGGACAAGUACAAUCACUGGUUUGAUGGAAUGGCUUUGCUUCACCAGUUCAAGAUGGAGAAGGGCAUGGUGACCUACAGAAGCAAGUUCCUGCAGAGUGAUACAUAUAAGACCAAUAGUGUUCAUGACCGAAUUGUGAUCUCAGAAUUUGGCACGCUGGCUCUCCCUGAUCCGUGCAAGAAUGUUUUUGAACGUUUCAUGUCAAAGUUUGAGCUGCCUGCAAUAACUGACAAUACCAGUGUCAACUAUGUGCGGUACAAGGGUGACUACUAUGUUAGCACUGAGACCAACUUUAUGAAUAAAGUGGACAUUGAAACUCUGGAAAAAACAGAAAAGGUAGACUGGAGCAAAUUUAUUGCUGUGAAUGGAGCAACUGCACAUCCUCAUUAUGACCCAGAUGGAACAGCAUACAACAUGGGGAAUUCAUAUGGGCUGCAUGGUUCUUGCUAUAAUGUUAUUCGGGUUCCUCCAGAGAAGGUGGAUCUUGGGGAGACACUCCACGGAGCCCAGGUGAUAUGCUCUAUUGCCUCCACAGAGAGGAUGAAACCUUCUUACUACCAUAGCUUUGGAAUGACAAGGAACUAUAUAAUCUUCAUUGAACAGCCUCUAAAGAUGAAUCUGUGGAAAAUGAUCACUUCUAGAAUUCGGGGAAUGGCCUUUUCAGAUGGAAUAAGCUGGGAACCCCAGUAUAAUACACGGUUUCAUGUGGUGGAUAAGAACACUGGACAGCUGCUUCCAGGAAUGUACUACAGUAAACCUUUUGUUACUUUUCAUCAAAUCAAUGCCUUUGAGGACCAGGGCUGUGUUGUACUUGAUUUGUGCUGUCAAGAUGAUGGAAGAAGUCUGGAAGCUUACCAACUACAGAAUCUUAGGAAAGCUGGGGCAGGGCUUGAUCAGGUCUAUAAUUCAGUAGGCAGAUCUUUCCCUCGGCGGUUUGUUUUGCCCUUACAUGUCAGUUUGAAUGACCCUGAAGGAGAGAACCUCAGCCCAUUGUCCUAUUCUUCAGCUAGUGCUGUGAAACAAGCUGAUGGAAAGAUUUGGUGCUCUUAUGAAAAUCUACAUCCUGAGGAUCUGGAGGAGGAAGGAGGUGUUGAAUUUCCCCAGAUCAACUAUGGCCAAUUCAGUGGCAAAAAGUAUCGUUUCUUCUAUGGCUGCGGCUUUCGGCAUUUAGUGGGGGAUUCUCUGAUCAAGCUUGAUGUGGUGAAUAAGACACUGAUGAUUUGGAGAGAAGGUGGCUUUUACCCGUCGGAACCUGUGUUUGUUCCCGCACCAGGAGCCAGUGAAGAAGAUGGUGGGGUUAUUCUCUCUGUGGUGAUCACCCCUGACCGGAAUGAAAACAAUUUUCUCCUAGUCUUGGAUGCCAAGAACUUUGAAGAACUGGGCCGAGCAGAAGUGCCUGUGCGAAUGCCUUACGGGUUCCACGGUACCUUUGUAACAGUCUGAUGGAACAACUCGGAACACUGGAAACUAGCUUUAAACGGCACCUUCCCUUCCAAACCAUAGACACCCGGUUUUAAAAUUUCUAUUAAAAACAGAAUUCUUGUGGGACGCCUGGGUGGCUCAGUGGGUUAAGUCUCUGCCUUUGGCUCGGGUCAUGAUCUCAGGGUCCUGGGAUUGAGCCCCGCAUCAAGCUCUCUGCUCAGCCGGGAGCCUGCUCCCUCUCUCCCUCUGCCUGCUUCUCUGCCUACUUGUGAUCUCUCUCUCUAUGUCAAAUAAAUAAAAAUCUUUAAAAGACAAAACAAAAACAAAAACAGAAUU